AUGAUUCAUCGUAAAUUAAUUCCCAAGCGCUCUAUUCUGUCUCCUGUUCAUCACACCAACUUAAAGGUCCAGUCCACAGAGCCACCUUUUAAGAAAGAAGACUUACAUUUGAUUUCAAGAGACUCCUUGGAAUCUGAUUCAGAAAGCGUCACUCAAGAGAUCAAGUCCCAGUCUAAACUUGAAGACCAAAUUCAGGACAACGACAUGGAGCCUGACAGCUUAGAGGAGGAGAACUUGAGUGAGACGGAAGAGGAAGCAAGCAGAAAAGCAGCUCAGAGAAACCUCCAUACCCAAGAUGCUGGUGCGAAUAACAGUCAACAACCCAUAGAAGACAAAUACUCAGACCUGCGCUAUGACCCAAAUUGGAAGAGGAAAAAAGAGGAAGGGAAGUUGUUGGCUGUGGAAGCACUGCCAGAGUCUGUGGACAGCUCUGCAGAAAAUCUGACUUUGAAUCCACUUUACCCUUCCAAGGAAACUUCGAUGGAACUCUCAGGGGGGAAAGGUGAACAGAAGAGCCCACCGAGCACAGCCUCCUUACCUGGGAGUGAAUUUUUAAGUCCAAACUACGAGCAUGGUGCCCAUCGCAGCGGGCCAUUUUCAGUGCUGAGCAGCAGUGACCCGGAGGAGAAGUCCAGCAACCUCUCUCAGUACUUGAAGAGUUCAAGUUCACAGAGUGAGGUAUUCCUGCCGGGAUCACACGGCCCUCGGCGAAGGAAGUCCAAACAGUAUUUUGUGGAAAAAAACAAACUGACUUUGGGAUUACGCACUCCGAAAACGGACUCUUAUCUUCAACUUCACAAUAAAAAAAGGCGGGAAACUCACCCAGAACAGAUCUCCUACCCCGUCAGAGUAACUGACAAGACGUCUAUUCAGAACACCAGCGAGAUUGGAAAUGUCACUAUCGACCCUGAAGACAAAUGGCAUCAAAAAGCCCAACAGCUAAAGGACUACCAGGAACACUGGUCUCAAUUUGAAAAUGCAAAAUCAAGCAAUGGACCCAGAGGUCAAUCUUCAGAAACAACCAAUGGCCAGCAACCUUCCAGAAGACCAGCCAAGCACAAGAUUCAAAAACAGCAUGAACACCGGCAUGGCCCAAAGUCUUUGGUGACUGAAGAGCUGGUUGUCAGUCAAGGAAACCAGAAUAACGCUUCCAGACAGCAGCAAACCCCAACUAAGCCUAUACCUACGGCAGUGAAACAGGAAACAGUCGUGGUUAUGAAUGCCCCGAACAAUGAUUUACAAUACUCAGGUAUACCGAGAAGCCAGGAAUCCAAAGUAACCUCCAAUAAAUUUGCUCCACCACACCAGGCUUCGGACAAGGUAUUAUAUAGAAAUUCUACCAGGUGUCACUCAAUGAUGAAUGUUAAUACGGAAAGAGGACGCAAAGACCAAGAAGAGAAAAGAUUUUCAAAUCAGCAGCUACACAUCGACACUCUUUCCAAUACGGACUUGAACUAUCUUCAUGAACUGAAUAAGAAGCACGCAUCCCUUAGCCAGAAAGGCUCUCAGUCUGUUUCUAACAUAAAUGAUAGUGGAUCAACUGAAAAUAAGAAGCAACCCAAACGGACUUAUACAGAAACAAAGUAUAAGGACUUAGAAAUAUUAUGGAAGUUCCAUUCUUCCUCUGAGAGCCAACCUGCUAGUGCCUCUCCAGACUCCCGCCUCACCCAGACAAUGGAGCAGCAUCAGCAAGCGCUGAUGCAUCUGACUGAGGUGCAUCCCCACGAAGGGGCCUUACCCGGCGUCACGCUUCCACCCAUACCGUCAAGGGUGGAAAGUGAAUCCCAACUCAGUUCAGAGAGAAGCCAAAGAAACCAAGUGAAAAUUAGCCGUAGCAAUUCUGAAGGCUAUCUGUUUCAACUGGAAAAGGGGAAGAAGCAUGGGAAAAGAAGCAGCAUUAAGAGUUCCAAGCUGAAAGCUUAUCAGAACAGAGACAUGAAGCUUGGAGGCCUCGGACCUGACCUUGAGUCCAUCAGAGACAAAAUGCAGAAAUUAAUACAGCAAAAGGAAUAUGCAAAACAAGUAAAGGAAUACAACAUGAAGGCACUAUCCAUCCCGUCAAAGCCACAAAUAGCAAAGACUGAAAAUAAAUCUGCUGUCCCUCGGCAGAAGGCUUUGGAAUAUGCUAAGACCAUCCCCAAACCCAAACCUGCAAAUCUGAGUGGUCAAGCCUCAAAGGAAAAGAAAAAUCCAACCCAUGCUGGAAACGGAGACAUUUUACCUGAAAUCUCACUGCUGGAAGUACUGCAGAACAGACACGAAAGGGAAAAACAGGCUGUGGCUGCUUUUAAAGCCCUUCACAUUGUAUAGACAAGAGAUGACCAGAGAUGCCCAGGGGAUGGACCUGGAGAAGAGAAACUCCAACCCACUGCUCUGCAUUGAGAGUGAUGACCUAGCAUCGUCACCUCACUGCAGUCCACGUUUGCUUCGUACAGGGUUUAAAAUAUGGGGCCCUGUUACAUUACGGCGCCAUAUUUUACUUUCCAGGAAGAAAAACUAUUUUAAUUAUUUAUUUUCAGAUCAGUUAAUAUUGGGGCUGAAUAAGAACUAGGGAGUAAAGCCUUUGGGUUUUAUCCUGGAUCCUUUGAUUUCUUUUUGGCUUUAUAUUGGCUCUUUUAAUUUCUUAAAUGAUCGCUACCCUUUCUUAGCAUAAUGAAACUCUUAAAGUUACCCAGAAAUAAAUGUAUCUACUUGUGUUUCUUUCUCAUUUUUCUGAUUAAAAAAAAAACUAUAAGCACUUCAGUUUCUAUUGAAAAGAACUCAACUUGGACUAAACACCGGUAAAUUUUGCAAUAUCAUUUCCAAAAUAUUUCAGAAAUCUCUAAAUUUAGCCAAGGGUUUGUAUGUAAAAUUUAACAAAUGAAAGUGCUUCUAGAUGUGCUACUCAAGUUAAACAAAUCUCAAUGUUGUUCUAACAGAGCAUCAAGAUAUUAAUUAGAAAUCCACCAAGUCCAAAAGCACGCAACUCGGGCACCUCUGAGAGAGAUGCUUGCUCAAAGCUGCUGACUCCAAGUACAUAAAUUUGCUGAACAUCUUGCCCUCAAAAAUAUCUUAAAAUAUCAAACGUGUGCUUCCACACAAAAACAUUAGGUAAGACAAAAACAUCCCACAGAAACAUCCUACUGAAUGUCAAUAUUAAUAUUUUUUCCCUUUUAAAGAAUCUUUUGAAACUGCAUAAACAUUGUGAAAUUCCCAGGUCUUAAAAUAGUCCCUGGGACUAUUUUAAAUCCUAUUAAAUUAGGAUUUAAAUUUUACUUACUUGCUUGUACUAGAUGGGCAUUGCAUUCUUAGAUGGCUACAUCCAGAAAUGGACACAUUUAACAAUAAUUUAGGGAAAAUC